CGAAGCCUCUGAUUGGCUGGUCCUCCUGAGCUGAAGGGGGCCUGUGCGGGCCGCGGGGCUCCGAAGCGUUGGCGGCCGCCGACAUGACGCCCGACGAGCCGGAGGAAACGCAGCCGAUCCUGGGGCGGCCGGGCGGCGGCGCCCCCCAAGGCCGCCGCGUCUUCCUCGCCGCCUUCGCCGCCGCCCUGGGCCCGCUCAGCUUCGGCUACGCGCUCGGCUACAGCUCCCCCGCCAUCCCCGGCCUGCGCCGCGCCCGGCCCCCCGCCCCGCACCUGGACGCUGACGCCGCCUCCUGGUUCGGGGCCAUCGUGACCCUGGGCGCUGCCGCAGGGGGUGUGUUGGGCGGCUGGAUGCUGGACCGGGCCGGGCGCAAGCUGAGCCUCCUGCUCUGCACGGUGCCCUUCGUGCUGGGCUUCGCCCUCAUCACCAGCGCCCAGGAUGUGUUGAUGCUCUUCGCCGGCCGCCUCCUCACGGGCCUGGCCUGCGGCGUUGCCUCGCUCGUGGCCCCGGUCUACAUCUCGGAAAUCUCCUACCCGGCUGUACGGGGCCUGCUCGGCUCCUGCGUCCAGCUCAUGGUGGUCACCGGCAUCCUCCUGGCCUACCUGGCAGGCUGGGUUCUGGAGUGGCGCUGGCUGGCCGUGGUGGGCUGCAUACCCCCCUUCUGCAUGCUGCUGCUCAUGUGUUUUAUGCCCGAGACACCCCGCUUCCUGCUGAGCCAGCACAAGCACCAGGAAGCUUCGGCCGCCCUGCAGUUCCUGUGGGGCCCAGGGCAGCACUGGGAAGAGCCCCCCGUUGAGGAUGAGAACCAGGGCUUCCAACUGGACCAGCUGCAGCAGCCCGGAGUCUACAAGCCCUUUGGCAUCGGGGUGGCGCUCAUGGCACUCCAGCAGUUGUCAGGCAUCAAUGCCGUCAUGUUCUACGCAGAAACCAUCUUUGAGGAGGCCAAGUUCAAGAACAGUAGCCUGGCUUCGGUGGUUGUGGGCAUCAUCCAGGUACUAUUCACGGCUGCCGCAGCCCUUGUCAUGGACCGAGCUGGGCGGAAGCUGCUGCUGACCUUGUCAGGUGUGGUGAUGGUACUUAGCACCAGUGCCUUUGGUGCCUACUUCAAGCUGACACAGGGCAGCCCCAGCAACUCCUCUCAUGUGGCCCUGCUGGUGCCCGUCCAUACAGAGCCCACAGACACUGGCACAGGGCUGGCCUGGCUGGCGGUGGGCAGCAUGUGCCUCUUCAUUGCCGGCUUUGCCGUGGGCUGGGGCCCCAUCCCCUGGCUCCUCAUGUCCGAGAUCUUCCCACUGCAUGCGAAGGGCGUGGCCACCGGCGUCUGCGUCCUCACCAACUGGCUCAUGGCCUUCCUGGUGACUAAAGAGUUCAGCAGCCUCAUGCAAGUGCUCCAGCCCUAUGGGGCCUUCUGGUUGGCCUCCGCCUUCUGCGUCCUCGGGGUCCUCUUCACACUGAUCUGUGUUCCUGAAACCAAAGGAAGGACUUUGGAGCAAAUCACAGCUCACUUUGAGGGGCGAUGAUGGCUGCUUCUGGCAAGUAGCUAUCUUCCUAGCUGGGCUCGCUCUGGACUCUGAAGACACACCCUGGGCCUCCAAACUAAGGCCACGGCAGUGCCUAGGCCUCUGCUGACCCUGAAGUCCCUGGGACCCUUGUCCUGGCACUCGCAUCUUCCUGCUCAGCAAACACACCAGGCACCAGGCUUGCAGCGGAUACUGCCAAAAGCAAUGACAGGGAGUAUGAGGGAUGGCCCCGCUCAGCCCACUGCUGGACCAUAAGGGGCACUGCUCCUCCACUUCCCCAGCUCCUCUGGGAGCCCUGUGGGCUGCAGCUUCUGCUAUUCGAGGCUGUGUUAUCUGGAAGGAACGUUGGUUGCCAAAUAAAAACUCAUCAGAACAUCAGGCCCUG